CUCCACUCAACAUGCAUGAAUUUUUCCCCCGCUCCACCUUCUUCAACUUCGAGUUCACACGAGUUGUCGGCACAAUCGCCUUCGGCGGCGCCGAUCUCGCCGAAUGUCUCGACGCAGCCACGCAAAUCGCCAGUGACGACCCGGAGAGCUGGCACCGGGGAUGGCUUAUCCAGGCCGAGAAGGCACACGCUCUAGCCCUGGAGGCUGUGGAGCAUGGCGAUAGCAUUGCGGCUCGCGAUGCCUUCCUGCGCGCCGCCAAUUACUUCCGCGCCAGCCAAUACAUGUUCAAUGAUUGUCCGUGGAGCCCGGAUCCGCGCGUGUCAGAGAUCUCCUCGCGGAGCGUCAAUGCGUUCCGUCAGGCAAUUCCGAUGUUGGGGCACCGGACGCACAUCCUGGAGAUCCCAUACCAAGAUGCGCAUUUGCCAGGGUAUCUGUUUUUACCGCGCCAGGGAGAAGAGACUGGUCGAAAGAUUCCCGUCAUUGUGUGUAUAAACGGAGCGGAUUCGACUUCGGAGGAGCUGUAUCUGCUCUUUGGGGCGAGCGGAUGCGACCGCGGCUAUGCGGUUCUGCUGUUCGAUGGACCGGGGCAGGGAGCCAGCUUGCGCCAAGGGAGGAGUGCCAUGCGCCCGGACUGGGAGGAGGUGACGAGCCGUGUGCUGGAUCAUGCGCGGCAGCUGGCGGAGGAGCAUCCUGAGUGGUCGCUGGAUCUGUCGCGGAUUGCGCUGGCCGGGCUGUCCAUGGGGGCGUACUAUACGCUGCGAGGGGCUGUGGACCCUCGCAUCUCGGCGUGCGUCGCCGUGGAUCCUUUCUACGACAUGUUUGACCUGGCUACGUCGCGCAUGCCGCCUUGGUUUAUUCGGGCCUGGCUCGCGGGCUGGGUUACGGACGGGAUGUUCGAUGCGACGUGGCGCAUGUUGUCGCGGUGGAAUUUCCAGCUUAAAUGGGAGCUGACUCAUGUUAUGUGGAUCUUUGGGAAGUCGUCCCCGGCAGCGGCUAUGCGGGAGAUGCAGAGGUAUUCACUGAAGGGUGAUGGGGAAUCGGGCGAGUAUCUUCGCCAGGUGAAGUGUGGUGUUAUGGUUAGUGGGGCAGCGCAGACUAUCUACACUGCGCCGGAGAUUAGUACGUUGAGGAUCGAGCAGGCGUUAGAUCAUUUGCCCGAGGAGAAACGGCAUCUCUGGAUUGCGAGAGAUGCAAGCGAUGGUGGGUUGCAGGGUAAGGUCGGUGCGUGGUGUCUUCUUCAGCAGAGGUUGUUUCAAUUCUUGGAUGAACAGUUGGAUGUGAAGCGGAGGAUUGAAGGCAUCCAUAGUUAA